ACGACGGUGAACAACAGUCGGAUACUGUCGACCAGCAGCAGAAGACGUCCAACUACGAGCCRCUGGAGAGGCGAAUGACGCCUGGUGGAUCGAUAACUUUCACCUGUAGAAUCGGUCUGAUCGAUCAGGUCCGCCAAAGCAUACAAUGGUAUCACGACGAUAAGCUCAUUUCRAUAUUGGACCGAAGAGGUAGCCUGAGUGUGGAGACGGACAGAUCAUCGAAUUUUUUUGCCAGUCGACUAACACUUGCUAGUGUUACUAGAUCUGACUCUGGAAAGUACACUUGCAAGUCCGGAAAUACGAAUUCUACUACAUUUACGUUACAUGUUAUAUCACCAGUUUAUAAAAAACAUAAGCAUCUAUAUCAUCAACCUCUUGAUUUGUUUCAAGAUAAUUUUGAGAAUGCCCAAGUAUUUGAGAGCGUCGACCAUUGA